UAUCGUCCUUCUCAGUGAUGGCGGCUUCGUUUGGUUCUCUCCCUGCAAGCUGUAACAACAAAUGGUACUACACCCGGGAACAGAUCGACAACAACCCGUCUAAGCGAGCUGGACUUGAUCCGGACAAGGAGCUGUCCUACAGACAACAGGCGGCCAACCUGCUGCAGGACAUGGGACAGCGGCUCAAUGUGUCCCAACUUACAAUUAAUACAGCCAUUGUGUACAUGCAUCGAUUCUACAUGGUCCAGUCUUUCACCAGAUUUCACAGAAAUGUUAUUUCUCCAGCCGCACUCUUCCUCGCUGCAAAGGUUGAGGAGCAGCCCCGAAAGUUGGAACAUGUUAUCAAGGUUGCCCAUGCAUGCCUCAAUCCUCAGGAUCCUUCACCAGAUGUACGCAGUGAUGCCUACCUGCAACAAGCCCAAGACCUGGUCAUUCUUGAGAGCAUAAUACUCCAGACCUUGGCUUUUGAAAUCACCAUUGAUCAUCCACAUACUCAUGUUGUCAAGUGCACUCAGCUUGUUAGAGUUGUUCCAGCAAGUAAGGAUCUGGCUCAAACAUCCUACUUUAUGGCCACAAACAGUCUCCACUUGACCACGUUCUGCCUGCAGUACAGUCCGCCGGUCGUGGCCUGCGUGUGCAUCCACCUCGCCUGCAAAUGGUCCAACUGGGAGAUCCCCGUGUCUACAGACGGCAAACACUGGUGGGAGUAUGUCGAUCCCACAGUUACCCUUGAGCUGCUGGAUGAGCUCACACACGAGUUCCUGCAGAUUCUUGAGAAAACACCCAGCAGGUUGAAAAGGAUUCGCAACUGGAAGGCUGGAGGCUCAACACCAAAAGCCAAGCCCAAAGUCCAGGAGGAGGGUGACCAGAGGGACACCAUGAUGAGCAUGAUCUCCAUGGCCUCAUCAGAGAGCACCGUGGCAGGCUUGAUGAGUCUCUCUGCGCCCCCUGACGCCUCGUCUUCCUCGUCUGCCGGUGACAAGGACACGGCUGGCAGCGCCGCCACGUGGAGUGGAAAAGGUCAGCCUGCAUCCGAGCUCAACAACGAGGUGCAUGUUCCUGCUAAGGUGUCGCUGAGUGAAUACCGGGCCAAGAAUGCAGACGUCCUUGCCGCCCAAAAGAGGAAGCUGGAGAACAUGGAAGCCAGCGUGAAGAGGGACUAUGCCAACGCUGCUCAGGCUCUCAUCGGACAGCAGCAGAGGAAGGAUAAGCAGCAUCAUCACCAGCAGUCCAGCUCCUCUUCCUCUGACAACCCUUCGCCCAUUAUCCUGAAAAUCCCCCUGGAGAAGGAGAGGCACGAGAGGACGUCUCUGAAAAUGCGCUUCCCCUUAGCCGGGGGAGGAGGCAGCGCCAAGGGUCAGGAACAGGACAUCAAGGUCAGAAUACGAGUGCCUGAGAAGCAGAGGGGGAGUUCAGGAGAGGAGGGCAAGAGCAGAGACAAACACAGGGACCGCUCGAACCACCACCACCAUCACCACCACCACCAUUCCUCCUCCACCAGUGCCUCUCUCUCCUCCUCACACAAACACUCAUCUAACUCUAGCGGGGCUGUCGGAGGCAGCAAAAAGGUCCCAAGCGACUCCUCUAGAACAAACUCCUCGUCUUCUUCGGCGUCUCGUAAGAGGACGCAUUCCCAGGAGCCCACUGCAGGCCCUAACGCUGCCUCCAAAGUCAGCAAGUCCACCAGGAACGCUUACCAGAUACCGUCCCUGUCUUCCUCCUCCGGGCAACCUCUGGGGCACAACCCUGACAUUCUCCCCGCCCUGGGCCUCUCCCACCACCAAGGGAGCUUCUCGAAAGGCGACAAAACGGACACGAACGGACACGGUGCGGUGGGCGGGCCCCAGUCGAACGAGUACCAAGACACUUUUGAAAUGCUAAACUCUCUUCUGAGCGCACAGGGGGUCCAGCCAGCCCAGCCGUCCAUGUUUGACUACAGAACCCAGUUUGGGGAGUACCGGUUCAGCGGGGGCACCCGAGGAAACGGCAGGCCACCACCCCUCCCUUCAGAACCGCCUCCCCAACUGCCUCCGCUGCCCAAAUAACUUCCUGAUCAGGAGGCUUCUUAUGUACAUUGUACUUUGACAUCUUGUUACAUAUGGUAUUUUUUUUGUUCAACUCGCCCAGCAUUUUGAAUAGGUUUCAGUGUGACAGCAGUGAAAUGUACUGGCGUGCGUGAUACAUCGUUCUUUUUUUUCCACUUCACACGGGGGCAAUAAUGAAAUGCUUUUAAAGCUUGCAAAAUGUGAGAAAAAAGAUACAGGAAGGUGUAGAUACAAUGCUUUCUGUUUAACUCAAACGAAAUGUGAGGAGGGGACCUGGUAUUUUUUUAGCAACACUGUCAUUGUCUUGAAAUCAUGGGGAAACUAAAAGAUGUUAGGUCUCAUUACCGAUUGUCUUUUUAUAAUGUUUUUAUAGUAUGUUAUUUAUUCAUUGAAUGCUUUUUUAAGAAAAAGAAAAAAAGUCCCCUUUUCUACCUUUUUUUUUUUUUUGAAGGUUUCCCUCUUUGUUCUUUUUUUAGGCGGAGGGAUAUUUCUUCAUCAAGACUGUACAGGCUAGUUUGAGAGUGCAUGUCUCCAAAGCCAUCUUUUCAAUAUUUUUGUCUUUUGAAACAGCCAUAACCCCAAAAAAAGGUGCCCGCCCACCCCUGGUGUUUAUGUAUUUUAUUUUCUUCAUUAUCUGGCAAAACCUGUACAAAGACUGUAAAAUGUUUAAAACAAACGUGAAAUAUUUUUUACAUUUAUUAUGAAAAAAACGCAAAAAAAUAUGUAAAUUACUGAAGCUUGUUUUUUUUUAGAUUUUUUUGAGUGUUACAGUCAUUGUUUUAAAUGGUUGUAAAAUAUUCAUAUAUUAAGUUCUCUAAUAAUUACACUAAUGGGCAAGGUUGAUACCAAGGAUGUACAUCUAUGGUUUUAUCAAAAGGGUUCAAAGAGUUCAAACAUAUCUCUGGUAUGGUCACAAUGAAGGAAUUGCAACAAAGAAGUCCCUCUAGAGAAGAAAUGUCACUUGUUCAUCAGUUUCCUCUGGAGGGCGGGUCUUUGUGUGGUUUAAUGCAGAGAAACAAAUAGGCAGAUUCAAUACAACAUUUUUAGUUGUGUUAUCUGCGGAGCCCUGAAACUGUCGGAUUUAAGAAAACACUUUUUUCUGCUGGUGCUCACUUUGUAGUGACCAUAUUGAGCACAAUCUACAAUAAAAGUAUUCACAAUACACUAUAUCAAAAAGUAAUCAAAAGCCAUUUGUCUGUUUUUUUUUAUAGUCUUUCAUUUAUGCAGUUUCCUUUGAAAAUGUCUGAACUCCAGUGUACGCUUGUCAAUUCAUGCACGUCUGGUUUAAUCAUGUUGAAGCUGUCUUUAAUUUCAUACUUUUAAUACAAAAAAAAGUGGAUAUUAAGCUUCAGAUUGUUGUUUAUAAUCCAUGUGUAAGCCAUGAUUAAACAAGUUUGCACGUGUUCUUUAGUUGUGUAAAUCAAAUGCGUCAAACUGAUUAUCGACAUACCUCCACUACAGGGUCAUGAGCAUGAAAUAAAUUACAUGAAUUAUGUGAAAAGUAUAGUGGAGGAGGGGCCACUUGUUGGCAAAGAUUCGGGUAUCAUCUGUACAUUUAAUUCAUAUUAUCUUUAUGUGGUUUUGAUUGUAUAGUAUUACUGCUCUUUACCUGCUCUUUUUAACAGUUUGUAAUCCACAAUUCAUUUGUUUUAGGCAGUCUACAGUAAUGCAGUACAACAAAUCAUCAGCCAUACAAUUGUAAAAUAUUUUUGUGCCCUUCAUUGUAUGAAAUAUAAGUUUAAUAUGGUACAGCCCUUUGCUCAGGCAGCAGAGGUUUUAUUGGUUUUUCAACUCUUGUAAAAGGGAAACAGUAAAUGCACUGAAUAUUUAUCAGUAGGUUUGCCUACAAUGCAAUUGACAAAGUGUUACAUGUAUAACAGUUGGACUAUUAGAUUAGAACACCUUAAAUAUAUUGCCCUCUCUGAAAGUAUUUUUAUUU